AUGACAGGGUGGAGCUGCCUGGUGACAGGAGCAGGAGGUUUCCUGGGCAAGAGUAUCAUCCACUUACUGGUACAAGAGGAGGGGCUUCAGGAGGUCAGAGCUCUGGAUAAGGCCUUCAAACCAGAAACCAAGGAAGAAUUCUCUAAGCUUCAGACAAUGACCAAAGUGACACUUCUAGAGGGAGACAUUCGGGACCCCCAGUACCUGAAGACAGCCUGCCAGGGCAUUUCAGUCGUCAUCCACACUGCUGCUGUCAUUGACAUCCUAGGUGCCCUUCAUACACAGACCAUCAUGGACAUCAAUGUGAAAGGUACCCUCAACCUGUUGGAGGCCUGCCUGCAAGCCAGUGUGCCUGCCUUCAUCUACACCAGCUCAAUUGAAGUCGCUGGGCCCAACUCCUACAAGGAGAUCAUCCAGGAUGCCUGUGAGGACCAGCAUCAUGAAAGUAUGUGGUCUGCUCCAUAUCCAUGCAGCAAAAAGCUGGCCGAGAAGGCUGUGCUGAAAGCUAAUGGUUCCAUGCUGAGAAGUAGUGGCACCCUGUACACGUGUGCCUUGAGACCCACCUACAUCUAUGGAGAAGGAAGCCCACUGUUAUCCUUUGUGAUGAAUAUGGCCCUCAAAAACAAGAGGAUGCUGAAAAGUGUAGCCAAAUUCUCCAUAAUCAACCCAGUCUAUGUUGGCAAUGUAGCCUGGGCCCACAUUCUGGCCACAAGGGCCUUGAGGGACCUAAACAAGGCCCCAAACAUUGGGGGCCAGUUUUACUACAUCACAGAUGAUACACCUCACCAAAGCUAUGAUAAUUUCCACUGUGCCCUGAGCAAAGAAUGUGGUUCCUGCCUUGAUUUGACCCUGAGGCUCCCUCUCUUUCUAUUGUACUGGCUUGCUUUCCUGCUGGAAAUGGUGAGCUUCCUACUGUGUCCAAUUUACAAAUUUCAACCUCCCUUUAACCGCCACAUAUUGACAAUAUUAAAUAGUGUGUUCACCUUCUCCUAUAAGAAAGCUCAGCAGGACCUUGGGUAUGAGCCAAUCUUCCUUUGGGAGGAAGCCAAGCAGAACACAAGAGAGUGGAUUGACUCCCUAGUGCAACAGCAUAAGGGGACUCUGAAGACAGACUCAAGGAUGUGA